CCGGUAGCAGAAAGAAAGCGAAAUGGCGACCAGCCCAGGACAAGGGCUUUCGUUGGCAAUAAAGCCACUUUUGUCGGCUUCAUACUCAUCAUUCAACAAAAAUGACCUCCCAGAUUUGACUAAAGGCAUACUUAAAAGUGAAAAGGAUAUCCUGGAACAUGAUGAUGAGUUCGAGCCAUUCUACUCCUCCUUUGUGGCCCUGUCCUCUCAUUUCAUCAGUGCAAGUUCCAGUAACUUGACCAAGUCGACACUAAUCCAGGCCAGCAAUGCAUGUCGAGUGCUGCUGCGCUUCAUGCUGCUGCGUCUACAGAACCACAAUGAGAGCUGCACGAUAUCACAGAAGUACUUGAUGAUCUUGAUCAAGGGGCUGUGCAAUGGAGGAGGAUGUCUACCUAAGGCUGAUGUGGUGACGUUUGCUUCAAUGUUGAAGUCGGCCACUCGACCUCCCCACAUCACAGAUGGGGAGGACACAGAACAAGAAGAGAUAAAACCAAAAGAAGUGAAAAGACCACGCCUGGACACGGGAAACAACUUGUUUGACCAGUUGACCUCGGUCUUUGACGAAAUGGGCGCCGGCGGUGUACCGAAGACUGGCACCCCAACAGAAACUAUGAGCAAUGAUGGCAACAGCACUGUGAUCCAUGUUGCCGAUUCCACAGAGGAGAUGACAGUCCUGUUUGCCAAGAAGAACACAGCUCACUUGCUUCAGCUGAAUGGCGCCAAUGUCCUGGUGGACUGUUGCUUCCAACUGACCUUUCUUGGAAAAUACAUCCAGCGAUACAAGGAUGCUGUUGCCGGGAAAACAUUCCUGAUGCCGGGGACUUUGUCGGAGGCUCUCACAACAAGAAAUAGCUAUCAGGCGCUGCUGAGUGAUAUUUCCAUCGUGUGGCGUGCCUUCUCCCUCCCAGCCCUGGAGCCUCUGACCCCAAAACGGCUGGAGAAAAUUGUCACAGCAACCCUGAGCUGCCUGUAUGCAUCAGUGACGGUUGCCAUGGCGAACACUAUAGUGAACAUGGUGAAGCCGACUGCUGCAAACCAGCCAUCAGCAUCCAAGGAUGAGGAAAUCGAAGGAUAUGGAACAAGUAUUGUACAGAAAACACUUGAAAUAUUCAACACAGUGUCCACAGCUGUGAGGAACUCGACCAGAGCAGGCGGAAGUGUUGCCCAGAAUCUGAACCUGCUGGCUGCCUGGGUGCUGCUGAAGGGCCUUCAGGGCAUCCUGGGGCUGACUCCUGCCAUGAUCCUGGAGAGGAAGGAUGCAGGGAAGAACAAGUCCGGGGAGACAGGACAGAAGGGAAAGGAAUCGAGCUCUCCCUCAAGCAGGCCCAGCUCUGGGAGAAGCUCUUUCCAAGGAUUUGGAGCACUGUCGGUGGCUCUGGGCUCUAAUGCUGUCCAGCUGCUUACAACUCUGUUUGAAGACCUGCAGAUAGAAGGAUCUCUUGGUGACCUGAAGACUGUUCCUUCUGAAGUGAAGCCUGGUAUGGAUGUGACCAUCCUGACAUCAGCGUCCGCCUGGAAGAGGGUCAAGAAACUGGUUGCCCGGGUCAACCUGACCGACCUCCUGCUUAGCCUCGUCCUUGUCACUUUCAAGAAGGCUGCCAUGCUGAAGAGACUCAAGCAGGGAUCGGAGAGCUCGGAGACCAGCAGCAGCAGCACCUCCGACUCCAACACCUUCUACGAGGACGACUUCAGCAGCUCCGAGGACAGCAGCGAGGAGGAAGAUGAGGAUUCGGAGCCCAUUCUUGGCCACUGGUUUGAAGAGACCCUGUCCCCAGAGGAGCCCUCUGAUGCCACGCCCCCUCCACCCCUCCCACCACGAGUUGACGGUGGGGGUGAAAACAAGAGGAGCAGGCAUCCCAGCAAUGGCGACAAACCGAACUUUGUACCAGACAAACGAGAACCAGAUGGGUUUGUGUCCAUGGCAACAAGUGUCCUGAGCUUUCUGAAUGUGUUCAUGGUGAACUCUCCUGAUGCUGAGAUCAAGAAGCUCAUCAGAACGUCCCUGAAUGAGGAGCAUGUGAGCAACCUGGCUACUCUCAUCAGGGAGAUGGACAAGGAAUGCUACAAGGUUGGCAAUGAUAAGGUGUAUGAAGAUAUAUCUGUCGCCCUGGCCAAACUAAAUCACAGCCUCAUUGCAACUGGCUGUCUGUCUGACAACUUGCAGGACGUGCUACUGGUCCAGCUGGGAGUGUCACCCAACUCCGUGGACCCCUGGCCACUGACCGUGUACCCUCGGACGCUGGCUGUGCUGGCCGAGGUGCUGCUGCUGAAACAGCAGAAGGAGAGAGAGGCCAAGACCAUCAAGAGUCACAGUGACAACGCUGUCAUAAACAUCUGGGUCAGGUUCAUCGUCACUCUCAAGACAGCCAUCCUCAACUUUGACAACAAGACAGAACAGUUUGAAGACAUCAACGUGGAGCACAUGCAGCUGUUGCUGUUCCUGUUCCACAGUCUGCAGCUGAUGCAGAAGAAGUCACUGCUGCUGCGCAUAGCUGAAUGCAUCAUCACACUGGCUAACAUGGAGCCUGAGAAGCUGGAGACAACGGUGCCACUGCCGCUGAGCCGAGUGAUGUUAGUGCUGGACUACCUGCUUCACUACUUCUAUGACCCUCCGGCAACCUUCAUUGAUCAGGUCCAGUGGAAUCUGUUCACUGUCCACACACUGACCCAGACGGGGGAUCGCGAGACAGGGGUCAUCACUAAAGCAAGUCAGUUCUUUGUGUGUCGGGAGGUGGAAGAGAACUUUCGCAAAAAUCUCACAACGCAGGAAUUGUCUGAAGUGGGACACAUGAAGCCGAGAUUCUACAGCCUUGGACCAGGGGAGAUAAACAAUCAAGAUUCCCCGAAGAUAGAUGGACUGGCAUCCAACUUCCUACUGUCCAAUGCAGAGACAUUGAACUACAACCAGCUGUAUGAUGCAUGCAUCAGUCUGCUCAUGGCCGGAUCACGAUGUGACAAAACCAAGGACAAACUCACUCUAUUGGAUGCCUCAGCCAUGCACUACCACUUCCUGAUCGUGUGGCGCCUGCUGGCGUGUCUGCCCCCGUCCAUCCAGUACAUCAAGCUUCUGGAGGGCAGCCAGCUGUCUAUGGGGAAGGGGCACAUCCUUCACACCCUCCGCUGGGCACCCAGACUUGGCCACAAGGCAUUUGUCAGCUGGGUGAAGGACUGGCUUGUGAAGCAAGGUUCCACCACACAACAGGCAGAGACACUGGUUUCUUCAGCCAACUCAACAGCAAACAGCAUCAACUAUGAUGUCCGACUCUCUAUGAAAUUCAUACAGGACCAGAUUAAGAACCUGCCAAUAGUGGACCAGAAGGAGAUCCUCCAGAUGAAGGACCUGCCCGGUCUGUCUGCCAUCUUGAUGCUGGACGCUGUAGUGGCCAAAGUGGAGGUGGGACUGGACGACGCUUUCUCCAAGCCCGUUGCUGAUCCCCAUCAGACGAUGGACAUUGCCCUAGAUUUGAUACCUGCCAUUCUUAUUCUUGUUGAAGCUUACAGUGUAUAUGUCAGAUCAUGUGUCCUUGGCGAGGUAGCUGACACGGACGACUCUACUUUGACCCCUCACAGACUACAGGCAUUUGGCAUGGUGAUGAGCAUCGGGUCAAGCCGCGCCUCCAAGGUGUCCGUGUUGGGGUCCGAGGUGAUGGCGAUACUUCCGAGCCCAGUGAGGAAUGCUGUGGAAAAGUGGAACGGCAGCAGCGGAAACGAGUUCCCCAGUAUUGGAGCAUGGAGAAAUGCCUUCGCCAAUGACAUCCUGCCCUGUGAGAGCUACAUGGACACUGUCCACAGCGCCCACAUGGUCACCCUGUCUGGUCAGCCCAGCUUCUGUAUCAACGCCUCCAUGAGACAUGUUCUCAACUCACUCGUCCGCUUCGCCAGUGACCUGGUGGUGUGGUGUCCUGAUGCAGAAAGCAGCAAGGAGUUUGUACGGGUGAUGUUCCCCCUGAUGUACGACAUCACCACAGAAUACCUAGCUGACUCCGUGUCCAGCUCGCUGGAAAAGUUCCUGGGUCAGGCUGAUGGAGAAGAGUUUGCUCUCAAGAUGUAUGGCCAUGUGAUCUCCGUCUGUCAUGAACUCAUUAUCGACUAUUCUGAUGCUGAGAGUGGCCUGGAUGAGAAGAUCCUGCAGGACUGUCUCAAGUUCAUGGAGAACCACCUGGAGAAGACUGCUGGGAAGAAAGCCUUUGAACAGUUCUACACUGAGCGCGCUGAUCUGACCAGCCUGUUGCUGUCAGUGGUCCGUGACAACCUGUCUCCUCAGUUUGCAACCAAAGUCCUCAAGUUCUUCAACAAGCUGUUCCACCUGGCGGAGAAGUGUCCAGGAGACAAGAGCUACGAGGCUCUCUGUGCCACCCUGUCCAAACUGGCCACUGUGGACAAAGUCAUCCUACAGAGCCUGCUGUCUAAGAUUGUGACCAAGCCAGAGGAGGGAGAGGAGAACGAGAGCAAUGUUCGAGAGAAUCGGGUUCUGCUACAGAAUCUUACCAUGUUUAUUGUCAAGGAAAAAAGCCCUGUGGGUCAAGAGGUGGCCCAGGCUGUUCUGGCGGCCCUCAUCCCCAUGGGAAGUCCGCUGCUGACGGAGCAGGAUGGGGACAUGUCUGGCUUCCCUGAACUGAUGGUCAUCAUGAACAUGCUGGCAGGGGCAGGGCAGGGGGCAGGCCAUGUCACCCUCUUCCAGGCAGCCACAGGAUGGCUCAAUCUCUGCAAAUCCUACUUGGAGCAGAAGGAUGUUCUAGAGAAGAUUCUUAAGAAUGGAUCUGCUGGAAAGGGGGUGCUCCAGACAAUGUGCUGUCUUCUCACCUAUGUUGGCGACAUCCUCUGUGCUCUGAAGAGGACCUCAGAAAGGUGUGGGACAGCCACUCCUCCCCUGGACACAGAGGUGGUGACCAUGCAGGAUGCCGACAGUGACUGGACAGAGGAACUCACCCAGGAUGAUGAGGACUCCGGAGCUGAAGACUCGGAUGAGGAGUCGCUGAACAACAAGCUGUGUACCUUCACCAUCACCCAGAAGGAGUUCAUGAACCAACACUGGUACCACUGUCACACUUGUAAGAUGGUCGAUGGAGUUGGCGUGUGCACGAUCUGUGCCAAGGUCUGCCACAAAGACCAUGAUCUGACAUAUGCCAAGUUUGGGUCUUUCUUCUGUGACUGUGGCGCCAAGGAGGAUGGUAGCUGCAAGGCAUUGGUCAAGAGGACAGCUCAGAGUGGGCUGGACUCUAGUGGCAGUGGACAGGCCCAGUCACCAUUCUCAAUGGACACUGUCCAGCCUAGCUCCCUACGGCGCCGACUAUCUUCCCCAUCAAUAGACGACAAGGCCAGCGAGAUGAUGAAGACCACCGAGAUGAGCAACAAGGCUCGCGAGGCACUGUGUAGACAGAUUGAGAGCUGCAGAGACAGUCUCCUAGCACAGAUGGAGAGUGCCAACACAGUGACCACGGUGCUGGAGAUGUUGGAGAAGAUCCUGCCGCCCCUGAUAGAGAACUACCAGGACAUGUCCCCCAUGGGGUCUACUGCACGCGCUCAGAGGGCCCUGCAGGAACUACACUCCCUUUCGAAGAAAAUAGAACCUGCUUCUGAACAGCUCAUGACUGUGACGUUGGGAUCGCAGGAAGGAGCAUUUGAAAACGUAAGGAUGAAUUACAGUGGGGAACAAGGGCAGACAAUCCGCCAGCUGAUCACCGCCCACAUGCUGCGCCGUGUGGCCAUGUGUGUGUUGUCCUCUCCCCAUGGUAAGAGACAGCACCUGGCCAUCAGCCAUGAGAAGGGCAAGAUCACCAUCCUCCAGCUAUCCGCCCUCCUCAAACAGGCCGACUCAAGCAAGAAGAAACUCACUCUCACUAGACUCUCCUCAGCGCCCAUCCCCUUCACAGUUUUGUCCAUCACAGGCAACCCAUGUAAUGAAGACUUCCUUGCUGUGUGUGGACUCAAGGACUGCCAUGUUCUGACCUUCACCAGCUCAGGCUCCGUGGCUGACCAUCUUGUUCUUCACCCAUCUCUGGCUACAGGAAACUUCAUCAUCAAGGCAAUAUGGCUGCCAGGCUCCCAGACUGAACUUGCUGUGGUCACUGCUGACUUUGUUAAGAUCUACGACCUUGGCCUUGACGCUAUCAGCCCUCAAUACUACUUCCUGCUACCGAGUGGUAAGAUCCGUGACGCCACAUUCGUGUAUACCGAAGACGGAUGCUACAUAGUGCUGAUGGCAUCCACCGGCUACAUCUACACCCAGCUGAUGGAGGACUGUAGCAGUGCAGUACAUGGCCCCUUCUACAUCACCAACGUCCUCGAGGUCAAACAUGCAGAUCUCAAGGACAACAAUGGCCAGGUGGCAGGUGGAGGCGUGUCUGUGUUCUACUCCCAUGCCCUGCAGCUGUUGUUCUUCAGCUACACACAAGGCAAGAGCUUUGUUGCCCCAGUGUCCAAAGACUUGACACAAGUGACGAACCUGUUCCCCAUCAGCUUCAAGAGUUCCAAUGGUGGCGGCAAGGGAGGUAACAACUACCAGCCCCUGGUGCAGUGGUCUGAGGUCGCAGGUCACACUGGCCUCCUUUACUGCAUGGCGCAGACCUCCAACAACCCCGUAGUUCUCAUGGUCAAGCCCGACGGCAUCCAAAUGCAGGAGAUCAAAGUUGUACCUGCUAAAACAAAGAUACAAGAUGUAGUGGCCAUGAGACACGUUGCUUCCAACACAGACCAGCAACGCACGACCAUGAUCCUCCUGUGCGAGGACGGCAGCCUCCGCAUCUACAUGGCCCACGUGGACAACACCAACUACUGGCUGUCCCCCUACCUCCAGCCUCAGAGUCCCAUUGCAGUGCUCAAACCAGCCAAGAAGAAGAAGUCCAGCAAAUCAGGGCGUCCAGCGGGAGUGGUGACGUUCCCUAUUGACUUCUUUGAACACUGCCAGCAAACCAAUGACAUCGAAUUCGGCGGCAAUGAUGUGCUGCAGGUGUACAAUGUCCAGCAGGUGAAACACAGACUCAACACCACGGGGAUGUACAUCGCCAGCACCAAGCCUGCCGGUUUCACAGUUGAGCUGAGCAAUACCAACAAUACCACUGUGAUGGUGGGUGUGCGGGUGAUGGUGGGGAGCCAGAGCUUAGAGAGAGCUCCCUCCUAUCUGGAAGUGUUCGGCCGCACCACCCAGGUCAACGUCAACCGGGCCCGAUGGAUCGACAUGGCCUUCACACGCGAAGAGUCUCUCACUGCUGACAAGAAGUUCAGCCUGUUUGUUGGUGCCAGUGUGGACCCUGCAGGGGUGACCAUGGUGGACUCCAUCAAGGUCUAUGUCAAAACCAAGGAGGCAUUUGGGUGGCCGGAGGAAACAGACGAGUUCCCUGAAUCCACUGCUCCGAAGGUCAUGGCCGCUGUGGCAGCUGCAGCUUCAUCGACUGAGACUGACACAGUGCAGAGUGCACCUCUGCCUAUGACUACAGCAGACAAGCUUCUGAGCAGUGCACUGGAAGUGUUGGAGGGAGCAUUUGCCGCUGGCAAACUUGAAGAAAAGGAUCCAUUGCGAGACAAAGCCCUGGAUCUGUCCACCAGCCUGCUGACCCUCCCCACCCCACCCACAGUACAGCAGCACACCAAGUCCCUCCUGGCCUCGCUGUUUGCUAACAAGGCCACCUACCACAACCACAAGGACCAAGCGCAGCUGGUCCACGUGAUGAAGAGUCUGUCGAAGGAGAGCUCUGAAAUGGAUGUGGAGGCCUUCCAGAGACUGGUGGUGACGGCACGCUCAGUCGCCGUCUCACGGCCCGCCAACCUGCUCAAGUUCGCGGAGAAGGGAGGAGACAUAAAGGAAGAGACUAUGGAGGUGCAGGACUUGGAGGAGGAGAAGGAGGAGGAGAAGACUGAGCCCAGUCCCCCCACAUCCCUCAAAUGCCACGAGCUGGAGCCAAAGGACUACUGCCACUUCACUACACAGCUGGUGGAGACGUUCUGGAAGCUGCACACGGCCAAACCCACAAACUCCAUGCUGGCUCCAGUCUGUUUGCCAGGAUUGGCCCAUGUCGACACGACUGUGGGUGCCGUAGUGGAGAUCAUCCAUGCCUUCACUGUCUGUGACCAGGAGGCUGUGAACCUCGCCACCAAACACUACGUCCGACUGCUGCUGUCCGCUGACCCCGUGGUGAGCUUCGCAUGUCGCCAGGCCCUAAUCCGAGCUCUGAGGCCGCCACACAGGAGGAGACGGGUGUUCAUCCCGUCACCACCACGCUGCAGCUCCCCGGGUGGCCCUGGUGGUGAUGAUGACGAUGAUGAUGACCCCAAGCCGGACAAGCCAGACACCCCUCCCCCGUCGGGCCCCCAGAUCUCCAACCAUGUGGAACACCAAGACCAGGACCCCGAGGGAGAUGACCAGUUCGAUGUUGUGGAAAACAACGAGCCGAUGGUGUUGGAGCCAGGUGAGGGCAACGCCCAGGGCAAUCAUCUCUCAGGUCUGGAGGCCCUGUACGGGUUUGACCGAAACUUUGAGCUGCCCGCUGAUGCUGAUGAUGAGGCAAUGGUGGAAUUGGCAAUAGCCCUCAGUCUGCAAGAACAGGAAGGGGGAGCUGGUGGCCUGAGUCUACAGAGUCUUGGUCUGGCCAGGCAGGGACAGAGUGCUUCAUCAAUCGAGGAAGGUCCACUGUCGGACACAACAGCCUCAGCUCCUGGAAGUGAUGACGAGGUCGGGAGUAACGCAGCCACAGAGGGGUCGACUCUUCGCACAUCACCAGCAGAACAGCCUGGCAGUGCAGGGUCAGAGAGUGGCGGGAGUGCCGUGGACUCGAUAUCAGUGAGUGGGCGGAGCAGUGCGUAUGGCUACUCAGUUCCUGAAGGAGGGGCCACAGCCCGCAGUGAGACCAGCAGUGUUGGAGGAGGGCCCUCAGGAUCCAUGCACCACGAAGUGGACGUCAUGGAGACGGAUGCGGAAUAUGAUGCAAGCUGCAGGCUCCACAGCCUGAGACUGCAGUUGUUGGAGAGACUCCUGCAGUAUUUGCCCGAGAUCAGAGACGUGGGAGGAGUUCGGGCCAUCCCUUUCAUGCAGGUUUUGCUGAUGCUGACCUCUGACUUGGACAAUGAGGAGGAUAAGGACAGAGCAGCCCUGGACAACCUGCUGACCAUCAUCCUGAAGGAACUGGACCUCUCUGGACAGGGCCUGGAGAACAUCGAGACACGGACUCGGCAGUUUGAGGUGAAGCUGAUUCUGCUGAGGCUACUCAGUGUCCUGCUGUCUAGAACCAGAGCAGGCACUAAACCAUCCAGCGAGUGCCUGUCCUUUGUGAGCAACAGCACAGCGACGUCCCUGCUGUCCAGUGAUGCCAUAGAGUACUGUAUGCAGGUUCUGCGCAACCUCCUGCCCUACUGGAAGAACUACUCCACGCCAGAGGAGGAGGGUAACUCUACCCCCGGUCAGCUGUUGAAGCCACACCCCAACUGCCCACCCCCCGACAUGUCCCCCUUCUUUCUCCGCCAGUAUGUUAAGGGUCAUGCUAAUGACGUGUUUGAGGACUACCCCCAGUUGCUGACAGAGAUGGUGCUCCGGCUGCCCUACCAGCUGAAGAAAGUUGCAGAUGCUGUACAUAAUGUGCCCAGUGCCUCCUUCGAGCCCCACUGGCACUCAGUGCUGUCAGAGUAUCUGAUGACACAACAGACGCCAUUUGUGAAGAGACAAGUGAGGAAGCUGCUGCUGUUCAUUUGUGGAUCAAAGGAGAAAUACCGACAGCUGCGUGACAUGCACGCCAUCGAGAGCAACCUCCAGUCUGUGGUCGACAUCUGUGAGAAGGGUGGACUGGACGUCGGAGCCGACAUCAUCCCCCAUGGCGUCAUCCUCCCCUACGAUACACUGCUUACCAUGAUUGAACAUCUGAAAGUGGUGUACGAAAUCGCCUCAUCUCGUCCCUGCAACUGGCAGACUUAUUGUGAGCAGGCACAAGACACCCUCCCCUUCUUGGUAAAGGCAAGCAUCUCCCUGGAUGAGGGUGUGGCUCCCACCUUGCUGCAGCUGCUGCAGUCUGCGCUGUGUGGUGUGAAGCCCUCCCCGGCCCAGAACGCCGCCAGCUCCUCCAGUAGUUCCACAACGUCACCCGUCAAACAGAAGAAGGACAAGAACAAAAACAAGACUGAAGAAGACUGUGAGGAGAGUCAGAAGUUUGAUGAGACUCUGUGCAUCACCCUUGUGAAGCUGCUGAACCGGGUGCUUGACAAAGGGCUCUUCAUCAAAUUCAUCAGGACAUUCCUCCUGGAGUCGAACUCCAGUGGCAACAGAUGGUUGGCCCACAGUCUCGUGCUACAGAUUUACAGGAAUACGACGUCCGAGGAACAGGAGACGAUCCUGAACAUCAUGUGGGAACUGUGGACAAAGCUGCCCAUCUACGGCAGGAAGGCUGCUCAGUUUGUCGACCUCCUCGGCUACUUUGUGCUCAAGACGCCGGACAUCCCCGACAAGAGGGUUGGGGAGUACCUGGAGAAGGCUGUGUCCGUGCUUCGGGAACAGAACCAGGUGUUGGCCAACCACCCCAACGCAACCAUCUACAACAUGCUGCAGGGGCUGGUGGACUUCGAUGGCUACUACCUGGAGAGUGACCCGUGCCUAGUCUGCAACAACCCAGAGGUCCCCUAUGCUAGUCUGAAGCUGUCUGCUAUCAAAGUGGAUUCCAAGUUCACGACAACCACGCAGAUUGUGAAACUGGUUGGCAGUCACAACAUCUCCAAGAUAUCGCUCCGCAUCAGUGACCUGAAGCGGACGAAGAUGGUUAGAAGUCUGAACAUCUACUACAACAACCGCUCAGUCCAGGCUGUGGUGGAGCUCAAGAACAGACCUGGUCUGUGGCACAAGGCGAGGAAGGUGACCUUGACAGCUGGACAGACUGAUGUCAAGGUGGAGUUCCCAAUUCCUAUCGUGGCCUGCAACCUGAUGAUUGAGUAUGCUGACUUCUUUGACAACCUACAAGCAACAGCAGAGACUCUUCAGUGCCCUCGCUGUAGCGCGUCUGUCCCAGCGAACCCCGGGGUGUGCGGGAACUGUGGGGAGAAUGUGUUUCAGUGUCACAAGUGCAGAGCUAUUAACUAUGAUGAAAAGGAUCCCUUCCUGUGCAAUGCCUGUGGUUUCUGCAAGUAUGCAAAGUUCGAGUUUACUCUCACUGCCAAACCUUGCUGUGCGGUGGACCCCAUCGAGAGUGAAGACGACCGCAAGAAGGCUAUCAGCACCAUCAACAGCUUGUUGGAGAAAGCUGACAAGAUCUACAAGAACCUACAGUCUCAUCGGCCUCUGCUGGAGAACCUCCUCAUCCAGGUGACGGAACACAACACUGACAGGAUCGGGGAGGUUCCCACCGCGGGCAGUGGAGGUGGAGUUCCGGCCAGCAGUGUCAACAAGGCCAUCCAGAUGCUGGCUCAGAAGUACUGUGUGGAGUGCAAGACCUCCUUUGAUGAACUAAGCAAGAUAAUUCAGAAAGUACUGGCAUGUCGGCGGGAGCUGGUGGAGUACGACAGACAGCAGAGAGAGGCUGUGGCCGUCAAGGGGCAGGAGAUGUUCUUCGGGAGACAGGACUCCAAGGCCAAGGAAGUGGAAUCGUGUGCCGCUGCCACGCCCCGCAGGGAGAAGGAGAGCCUGCGUCCAACCAAUUGCUACGGCUGUGCCAGCUCGGCAGUAGAGCACUGCAUCACUUUGUUGAGAGCCCUUGUCACCAACAGCAAUAUGCGCCAGAUCCUCUGUAGCCAGGGCAUGAUCCAGCAACUGAUUGACUACAACCUGCGCCAUGGCACCCUGCCUGUACGCAACGAGGUGCGCUCACUGCUGUGUCUACUGACCAAGGACAACCGCCGCGGCACGGAGGAGAUGAACAACCUCAUCAUGACCAGGAUCACUGCUGCCAUCAAGGGACAUCAGUCCAACCCUGAUCUGGGUUCGUCAGUGCGGCAUGAGAUCCUGCUACUUGCCAGCUCCCUCAACCAGGACGACACCUGCUGGGAACAGAGAGUGCGAUGUGUGAUGCGACUGUUCCUAAUGGGGAUGCACAUCAAGAGCCCGGUCAUCAUGGAGAGCAUCACACUGCCCUGUCUCCGCAUCCUGCAGAGUCUCGUCAGAAAUGAUGGCGUCAUCUUCAAGAAAAGGGAGGGCUGUGAGGCUGGGAUGAGUGAGUACCUGUUGCCGGCCAAGUUCCACAUGGAUGUGAAGCAGUGGCUGGCUGGAGACCCACGCUACUCCUACUGUCAGUGGAGGAAGAGACUGCCCAGGAGAGCGGUUACCGAGGAGUCAGAGACAAAGAAAGAGGAGGAGAAGAAAGAGGUCCGGGCCCGCUACCUGAUGGAGAAGUACGGGAUGAGGUGGCAGCAGAAGAUGUGGAAAACCCCGGCCAUCACACUGAAGCUGACUCAGAACACCUGGUUGCAGCAGGCCAUGUUCUCCCCAUCUUCCCGCUCCGCCCGACAGACUGCCUGCAGCAUCAUCGAGGCCAUCGCUCAGGUGCCCAGCCGGAGGAAGGAGGUCAUGGACAUGAUCACAGGGUGCCUGGACGAGGUGGGCAGGAGCGGGGAGUGUGCUAGUGACUUCCUGUGCAUGUACAAGAGACUCAUCAUCCCUGAUUACUGGAAGUUCUACCUGGCCAUUAAGGGGGUGCUGCUGCACCUGGGAGACCUCAUCACAAAGGAAGUAGAGCAUCUGGAAUACCUUGAGGAGACAACUCUCAGUUCGGACCUGGCACAAGGCUUUGCUCUCAAGUCCCUUACAGAGCUGCUGUCCAUGUUUGUGGAGCAGGAGAUGCUGAAGCAGCACUACAAGAACCGUCUGGUGGGCUACAUCCUCAACGGCUACCUGUCGCUGCGGAAGCUGGUCGUGCAGCGCACCAAGCUCAUUGACGAGACCCAGGAGAAGCUGCUGGAGCUGUUGGAGGAACUCACGACAGGCACUGACAGUGAGACUAAAGAGUUUAUGGCUGUGUGUGUGCAGACAGUGAAGAAGUACCCUCUCAAAGACAACCGAUCACCUGUCUUCAUCUUUGAGAGACUCUGUAGCAUCAUCUACCCGGAGGAGAAUGAUGUUGCGGAGUUCUUCAUGAUUCUGGAGAAAGACCCUCAACAAGAGGACUUCCUGCAGGGGAGGAUGCUGGGUAACCCAUACAGUUCCAACGAGCCAGGAAUGGGGCCACUCAUGAGAGACAUCAAGAACAAAAUCUGCCAAGACUGUGAGCUGGUUGCUCUGUUAGAGGAUGACACAGGGAUGGAGCUGCUGGUGAACAAGAAGAUCAUCAGCCUGGAUCUGCCUGUGAAGGAGGUGUACAAGAAGAUCUGGCUGCCUGAACAUGGGGAGGGGGAGCCGAUGCCAAUCAUCUACAGAAUGAGGGGGCUUCUCGGCGACGCCACUGAGGACAUGGUCAACUCCUUCGACAACAGCUCAGAGGAGGACAUUGACAAGGAAGAGGUGUUCAAGAUGGCUGCCAUUUUGGCCGAGAACGGUGGACUCGAGGUCAUGUUAGAGAGACUGUCGUCGGUGAAGGACCUGGUUCUGGGCAAACAGCUCAUGGUGGUGCUCCUCAAGCUGUUUGGCUUCGCUGUCAAUGUCAAGGCCAACAGACAGGAGCUGAUCAAACCGGAACUCAACACUAUCAACAUCAUGCUGGGCGCUCUCAAUCUGGCCCUGUGGAGUGAGCAGGAGGGAGGGGCCAGUGCCACAAAGGGGCAGACCAUCACGGAGCAGAUCCUGCAGAUCUUGGAGGUCAUCCUACUGGAGGCCAGUCAGCAGACCCCGGAGCAGUAUACUGAAUUCUCCAAGCUGUGUGGCGACAAGGAGCAGCUGAUGAUGUUGCUUGGCCGCAUCAACUCCCCCUUCGUCCGCGCCAACAACAACGUCCUGCAGGCUCUCAUGAGGCUCAUCCCUUUCCUGGCCUUCGGGGAGGACGACAAGAUGAUGGCGCUACUCAACCACUUCAAGCAGUACCUCGACUUCAACAAGUUUGACUUUGAGCACAGCCAGGAUGAGCAGGUGCACCUCGACUGUUUCUGUGUCAUCGCAAGUGGUAUUGAGAGCAAUGCCAAUGGAAUCCGACUGAAGAAUCUGAUCUUACAAGACGGCGUUGUUCAAAGUUCGGUGGACUAUAUUCUCAUGCAUGCCCCGGCCAUCAAAACACUCCUGGCGACUGACUCGGAGGUGUGGAAAGAGUUCAUCAGCAAGCAGUCCCUUGGAUACGCUCUCCGUCUUCUCACCGGGCUCUGUACCAAGCACAAACUGACCCAGGACCUGAUAGCAGAGAGUUGUAUACCCAUCCUCCACAAGCUGGAGCAAGUCUCAUCUGACAAGCACAUCGGGACGCUGGCCGAGAAUCUCCUGGAUGCCCUCAAGAGCAACGAGUCUGCUGCCAGAAAGAUUGAGGAGAUUCGGCAACAAACUAAGGCGGAGAAGAAGAGGUUAGCCAUGGCCGUCAGGAAGAAGCACCUCGGAGCUCUGGGGAUGACGACGAACGAGAAGGGGCAGGUGACGGUGAAGAGCACGGUGCUGAAGCAGAUGGAGGACUUGAAGGAGGAGACGGGCCUCACCUGCUGCAUCUGUAGAGAGGGCUACAGGUACCAGCCUCAGAAGGUGCUUGCCAUCUACACCUUCACCAAGAGAACAAACCUGGACGAGUUUGAGAACAAGACCAGGAAGUCCGUGGGUUACACCACCGUGUCCCACUUCAACGUCAUACACGUCGAGUGUCAUGCUGCUGCUGUAAGACAUGCGCGGGGUAGAGAGGAGUGGGAGAGUGCGGCACUCCAGAAUGCUAACACCAAGUGUAACGGACUCCUCCCUAUGUGGGGUCCGCAGGUCCAGGAGUCUGUCUUCGCCACUUGUCUCGCCAGACACAACAACUAUCUACAGGAGUGUACGGGGGUGCGGGACCCCAGCCAUCUCUACACUGUGCAUGAUAUCAAGCUGCUGCUCAUGAGGUUCGCCCAGGAGAAGUCCUUCAGCGACGAGAGUGGUGGCGGCGGCCGACAGAGCAACAUGCAUCUCGUACCCUACAUGGUUCACAUGGCUCUCUACGUUGUCAAUACAACACGCUCUAUGACAAGGGAUGAGAAGAAUGUGCAAACCUUCCUUGACAUGCCGAAAGAAAAAUGGAUAGAAAACUGUUUUGAGGCCGAGGGUCCACUGUACUACCCUGUCCUGUCCAUCCUGGUGCACUCCCCGGAGAAGUGGCAGCAGCACCGUGUCAAGUACCUCAAGAGGCUGCUGGUGCUAGCCCAUGUCAGGAGUGUCUGUCAGGUCGGCGCCAAGACUGUGCCAGUCAAUGACAAGACUCCCAAGGAAUACUCGGUGUAUAAGAAUGUCCUCAUCUUCUUCGGCUUCCUCUGCAGUUUCUAUGACAAGAUCCUUAAGAAGGUGACCAUCAACCCCGACAACUCCUGGAGCAACUCCCUGGCGGAGUACAUCCGCAACAAUGACAAGCCAGUGCUGGAGGGUUGCGACAAGAUCAUUCGUCUCUACGAAGGGGAGAUGCUACCAUGUGAAUCCCUGGCCGAGUUCUGUGAUGUCAUCGGGAUGCUUGAAGAGGUCCCUAACCCAGAGGAAUUUCAGAAGGAGCUCCUGGCUGCCCUACCUUGAACCCAGUCGCUGAAGUUGUCACCGAUGCAGCCUGUGGCGCUGUUGUAGCUCCUGCUGCUGCUGCUGCUGCGUGUCAUUCACUGUGAUGUCAGCAAGCUUUUUUCUCUAUUGUCACCUUCAGAGAUGUUUCCUCCAAGUUAAUGCUUCUGGUCCACUUUGCCAGCAAUACAUGUUUGAGUGCACCUGUGUUCUACUUCAUAUUCCAGACUCAACACUGUUUUAGUCUUCAUGAUAAGUAAGUUUGAGGUGAUAUACUUUGAGUGAUUUGUUGAUCUAAAUUAAAUGAUAAAAUGUUUUCCAAUAUUUAUCAUGCUUUCUGUGGAAGUUUGGGACAAUUAUUCACUUUUCAACAUUUUGAAUGUUUUCACACUUCAUGGAUGGAUUUUUACUGAAGUGAAUUUGCUUGACACAUGUUUAAAUUUGAUGUUUCAUAAAUUUUCAUAAGAAUUUAAUGGACAAAAUUGGAGUUACUGAGCAAAUUACUUAGGGAACUGUCAUGAUCUAGUGGUAUGUGAGAAAUCUUGUCAAGCAUUCUCUGAAGGGCAUUGUUGGUCCGUCUUCAUAAUCCCACUGCACAAUGGUGAUAGUUCUUCCCAGGCCACAAUUUUUUGUAUGUUACGUUUACGAAUUUGAGUAAAUCAUUAAGCUUGAGUAGAUCGAAAAUUAAAAAAUUGGUGACUGUUAAACAGGAAAAAAUAAAUGCUCAUCCGUUAAAGUGCAAGAUUUUCAGUGUAUUUACAGUAGGUUAAACAUAUAUGACAUGCGUCACAGAAGAUUUGUUACAGUGACCUGAGACUAAGACUGCUCUAUAUUAUCAGAAAAUAGUGCAAUGCACUUUUCAAACAAUACGUAUUGCUAUAUCUUUACUGUGUCCUGGUAUAUUGGGUAAAAAAAGAAAUGUUACAAAUUUGGUUAUUGUUGGACCCUAAAAUCUACACAGAAAUUUAUUCAAAAAUUAUGUUUCCCUUCGAAACUGACUGACAUAACGGCGGAAAUGCAAAGUGAUUUUUUCCCCACUUUGUUAUCUCCCCUCAUCCAUGACUACAAAAUGGCGGCGACUGACAAUGCUGACUUUGGCAUUGUGAUAUUUACUUUAGCUUGAAGAAAAUAGGAUCUGUAGGUACCAUCAGUGUCAUUCACUAUCAAACACUCUAGCUCUCAAUAUAUCACAAUACGAAUACUGAUACAUGUAUCGCAAUAUAAAUGUUUUGCCAGUACGCCCUACCUGAGACUAUAAACAAAGCAUUUGAUAAGUAUUGGUUGAAAAGUAACUUUUGGUUACAUUUUUGUAGUUGCAUCAUUUUAUUUUUAUAGUACUAAUUGAUAGAGCAGUCUAUAAAACCAAUUAAAACUAUUUUAUUCUUUUUUUUUGAAUGUCGCUUUCGGCUUUCAUCAGUCUAUUCCGUAACCGAAUAAUAAAAAAAUGUGGCCUUGUAUCAAUGUGAAUGAUCUACUCCAUCAUAUGACCGUGCUUACAGUACCACAACAGUCACCUGUAUUGCUCCUUGUGCUUAAUCGUCUGUCGUUUUUUGCCGUUGUUUUUAUUAAGGAUAGAUCAGUUUAAAUCCCUUUAUUCACAUUUUCUUGGCCAUAAAUUCGAGAUUAAUUUUCUAAAACAAAAACAUGGAAAUGCAACUUUUAAACAAGACCCAAUCAACAGCAUUUUUGUAUUUGGUAAUUUUGUGAAAGAUAUACAUGGUUUGUCUGUCAAUCUAGAAAACAAACUGAUCUAUUUUUAAAUUAACUUUUAAAAUAAAAACAAAAUGAGAACACUUUGAAAACUCUCCAAAGUCCCAAAUUAAUUUUUUUUUUUUAAAGAAAUAUUUUGAUAAGUUAUGUCAUUGCAUAAGAAUAUUAGUAGUUAACGACAAACACUUAAUUAUUUAUGUGAACUCAGACUUGAUGUGAUACAAUGUUGCUACGUAAUAAAUGCUUAUGAAGAAAUA